UUUAUAUGGUUUUAAGAAAAUUUUUUUAGGGUUUUAUCAGAGCACUUUGGGAGGAAAUACGAUGGUUGGGAUGGAAAUUUCGCAGGAGCUUCAGCGAUUUCUUGAGGUUUGAUUCAUCUUCCUCCUUCUCUCGUUGUCUGUCUCUCUGGGUUUCGUUGUUGGUGUGGGUGAAGAAGAGAAUGGGGGAUUUGCUUGCGGAGCUGGAGCAUCUACUCCGAUCGGAAGGGAUGACGAGGGAGGAGGCUGUGUUCUUCAAGGAAUGCAAGGAUAGAGCUAUCAAGGAUUUCACUGUUGGUUCUUGUGCUUCUUCAGCCAUUGCCUGGAUCGCAUCUAGAAGCUUGGUUCCUUGGCAUAGGUUUAGCCUUUCAGCUGGGUCUGGUAUGCUAGCAGGAAUGUGGAGGUUUAAUCAUUCAUUGGAUGUUUGUGUGGAUAAAAUUCUAGGGCGUGAUUGGGAUCACAUGAAGUUUGGUUUGGCAGGCGUGUAGGUUCUACUUCUCAAUUACAUGUAUAUACAUUCUUGCAUUGUGCAACACCAUUUGCAAAUGUGCCCUUGAGUAGAGCUCUCCAAUGCACCAUGUGGCACACUUAGAUUUCUCUAUUUGUGCACUGGUAAAUAUGUAAUGCCAGCACCUCCCUGAUAUUCUGGAAAUUUUUUGUUAGCUUUGUGAUUU